AUGCUGCCAUCUCAUCCUUCUCCAGUUGAUAAAGAUAAGAAAAUCAAAAUCAUGGAUGAAUUAAUCAAGACAAAUCAAAAACAUAUUGAUCAUCUAAAAUAAACUAUCACCCAAUUAAAAAGAGUAAUAUUGCAUACCCAAUUUAGUAAUUACAAUUUGAAUAGAAGAGAAAUUAAGAUCUUGAUAAAGAUAAUAUUAUGUUAAAAGAUCAAAUCAAAAAGCUACUCUCUAAACCACCAUUACAUACUCAAUCUACUCAAACAUCACAUGAAAUCCAUAGAAGAGACUCAAGACAAUUAUCCACUAAAGAAGAUCAAUAAUUUAAUAGUGCCUCUAAAAAUAUAUAGAAAUCUGAUAAUGAUCAAGUAAAUCAAAAAUAACAAAUACUUAAUCAAAUAUCCCCUUCAAAAUAAGAAAUCAAAAAAAUCUAAAAACUUGAUCUUAAAAUUGAUAUUAAUUCUGCACUUUAACGACAAUAAAGUGGUCCUAUAAGUAGUGUCAAAAAAUCUUAAACAUAUUUACAUGGAUUAACUAAUGUUAAGUUAAUUGAUGCAAUUAAGGAAAGAAUUCCUGAAAAAUCAAAUAGAAUUGUAAUAAUAUUAUUGAUUUGUAUCUUUUUUUAGGGUUAAAUAACUGGUGAUAGAAGUAGUUAAAUAAGAAGGUCUUUAAUGUUUAAUUUUUAGAAUAAUAAAUCAACUAUAAUAGAUUGUGAACUUACAGAAGAAUAAGAAAUAUAAAAAAGUAGAAAUUCAGAUGGAAAAUAAUAAUAACUUAUUGAAUCAAUUGAAGAAUAUAGAGUAGAAACAAUGGAAGUUUCAGCCUUAUAAUAAUCAACAUAUAAAUUAUAUGAAAAAUUCUAUAUUAUGGGUUGUGAAAAGAAAGAAUUCUUAGAAUUUGAUAAUGAUCCUAAUAUCAAAGAAGGUAUUUUACCUGCUAAUAUCUUAUUCAAAAGUGAUUCAAUAGACACGUAAAUUACAUUCACUUUCUAUUAGUCCUGUUUAUGAAGAGAUAAUUAAUGGAUUUGUAUAUCCUUUUGGAAAUCAAGUUGAGAAAAUUAAAGUCAAUGAUUCAUUUCGAAAAUUAAAAGAGUAACUAAAAUUCAUUAUUUCAGAAUCAUGUAUUCAGGUAAUAAAUACGAAUUAUUGGACAAAUUUUCCUUAUUUACUAUUAAAAAUUAAGAAAAUAAUGAUAAUUUAUCAGAACAUACCAAUCAGAAUUUAUUAAAUCAAGCUAAUCCUGAAAAAUUACUUUAUGGAAUAUGUUUAUCUGUUUAUGAUUUCAUUGAAACUACUCCUGAUCAUAUUAAAUUAACAUUUGAAAACAGAAAAAAAAGAAUUUUCUGGAAAUACAAAAAAACUUAUUGUUUUCUUACUUACUUUCCAUUUUAUGAAUUAUUCUAAGAUCUUCUUAUUUCAAUAAUUAGUAAUCAAUAAACUUAACAUUAUUUAUAGAUUUAAUUAAAAUCAAUAGAACUGAUAGAUAUUUAAAGAAAUAUUCUGAAGAGUAUGAAGUCUUAAAGGAUGUUGAUGGUUAAUAGAUUAUACUUGUAUAUAUAAUAAUAAUUAAUAUAGGAAUUUUAAGAUGAAUUGACUAAAUUCUUAAAUUUAAUCUAAGUUAUUAAACCAAUGUUAGGACAUUAAUAAUUAGAACUCUAAACAUUGGCAGGUACCUUAAAGUACAGAAUACCCAAUCAAUUACAAUUAGAUAUUGAAUUAAGAUUAUGGAGUGCUAAUGUCACUUUACAAAUUUUAAAUUAUAAGGAAAUCUUAAAUAUUUUCUUAGCUAUGAUUUCUGAAAUCUCAAUCAUUUUUGUAUGUGAAAAAAGUAAUAUCUUAACAUCUAUUAUGUAUCAAAUUUUAAACUAAUAAGCCAUUUUUUUCAUCACAUAGUCCGUCCAUUAGAAUGGACUCAAGGAAUCAUUUAUAAUGUACCUGAAUAAUUAUUAACCAUGAUUCAAUCACCAGUUCCAAUUAUUAUUGGAGUCAAUCUUACAGAAAGUGAUUUCAAUUUGAUGAGUCUUGCUGAUAAUUGUGAAAAUCACUUAUUUGUAUUUUUGGAUCGUGAUAAAGAAAGUAAAUUUCUUACUAAACCUUAAAAUGUAUUAAAAGACAUAUCCACUCCUUCAUUUGGUGGAUUAUUGUAAUAAAUAGAGACUAUUCUUAAGAAUUAGAAUAAUAUACGCAAUCCAAGGUAAUAUUGAAAACAUCUCUAUUAAUUAGUCCAAGUAUCAGAUAAGUCUCCAAUAAAAAUGAUGAUAAGAAGGUCAUUAAAUUUUAUUUUGAUGACCAAGAUCAAAAUAAAAGUAAAAAAGUACUUGAGACUUUUAAAAAGAUUAUUGAAGAUUAUAUCAUAUCUAAAUUACCAUCUUAACAUGAAAAUAGAAUCAAAGUAUAUACUUAAAUAUUUACAAUAGGUAGGUCAAGAUUUGAAUUAUCAAUUUAUUGAACAAUACUUAGUCUAAAGUUCUGAUCCUAAGGAUAAAAAGUUCAUCUAAAAUCUAUUUAAAACUUAACAUUUCUAAUAUUUUAUAUAAUAACAUUAUUGUGAUCAGAUUUGA